AUGCCUGAACCAGCCAAGGCCGCGCCCAAGAAGGGCUCCAAGAAAACCGUCACCAAGACCGCCGGCAAAGGAGGCAAGAAGCGCAGAAAGUCCAGGAAGGAGAGCUACGCUAUCUACGUGUACAAGGUCAUGAAACAGGUCCACCCUGAUACCGGGAUCUCCUCCAAGGCUAUGGGCAUCAUGAACUCCUUCGUCAACGACAUUUUCGAGCGUAUCGCUGGUGAGUCCUCUCGUCUGGCUCACUACAACAAGCGCUCCACCAUUACCUCCAGGGAGAUCCAGACCGCCGUGCGCCUGCUGCUUCCCGGUGAGCUGGCCAAGCACGCCGUGUCCGAGGGUACCAAGGCCGUCACCAAGUACACCAGCUCCAAGUAAAGCGCCUUAGUCGCUCUGGCAAACCAACGGUUCUUUUAAGAGCCACCCAUCUU